CGCCAUAAUACCGUGAAACGAAGAAGAAGAAAAAGGGCUUGUUUGGAUUUUGUCCACUAUUAGCUUCAAGAAUGGAUAAACAAUUGGAGACGGAUAACCUGGAAAUGCGUCUCCAGACGCUGGAAAGUCGUAUAUACGGAGGGAGAAGAAACAAAAGUGCUAAACCCGCCAAGUGUGCUGAGUCUUUGGCCAGGAUUCAGGCGGGUCUGACCAACACGGCCAACAAGAGAGAGCGAGUGAAGAUCCUGCACAAGAAGAUUGAGGACCUCCUGAAGUACCUGGACCCUCAGUUCACCGACCACAUCACUGUACCUGACGCCAUGAAGCUGGAGUUCAUUCUGGCUGAGGAGGACUUCCUGCUUACCCAGGCUGCUUUACUGGAGCAGGUCAGCACCUUGCAGCCUCUGCUGGACAGCAACUACAUCAGAGAUGUGCCAGAGCAUGCCACCAAGCUGCAGCGCCUGUCGCAGAUCCACAUCAAAGAGCAGGACCAAACCGAGGCUCAGUCCCUGGAAGUGAAGAAGCUUUUUGAGGACUACAACAAAAUGAUGUUCCUGCUCUCUAAGCAAUUCACCCAAUGGGACGAGACCCUGAGGAACCUGGAGGAGGCCAAGGGCAUUCGACCUGUGGAGUAGCUUCUGUCUACACACACACACACACACACACACAUUUCUGAUGGUGAUGAUGAAGAAGUCGGCACUGUGGCGGGAGCUUCACAGAUCCUAACAUUUCACCUUUUCAAACUGCUCAUCGUUCUGUAAACAAAAUGUUAUUGAGUCAGGCAACAACACAUUGAAACAUUACCUUGUUCGUUUUAGAAAAUUCUCCAAUCCAGGCAAAAAUAUUUGAGCUUUCACACAGUUCUCCAAAUUGUUGUUAGGACUCUGUCUCAUGUGACUCUUCAUCAGUCGUCCAGAGGAGCUCCCAUCACGUGACGUCUGGCUCAGUUAUUUAUUUUCAGACAAUAAAGCUUGUCAUGCUUGCAUUUUGACUCAAUGUGCAAUACGUUCCUUGAUGCCUCUCUAAUGCAAGUCACAAGACACACACACACACACCCUAACCCUGACAUGAUUUGUAAAAAACGAAAGAAGCUUAAUUAUUCUGUCCAAUAUUCUGGUUUUAAAAUGUUCCAUAUGUUUUGUUUCAUAAUACAUCAUUGUGGUUAAUACAAUAAAUAUUUCUUUUUUUUCUUUGA